GUCACCUUCGACCCCUCCGGGCCCCAACCCAGCCAAAUUGCCCUCCUGACCGCCACCGACGGCAAGGGCCACAACGGCGGCAUCCCCAACAUCGUCGAGCAGACGGCCGCCAACCGCCGCGAAUACUGCGCCCACCACGGCUACGUGUACCAGUUUGUCAACAUCUCCGGCUUCGACCUCGGCGGCGCGCACGCCGUGUGGGCGAAGCUCCCCGCCAUCGCGGAGACGUUCGCGAAGAACCCCGCGGUCGAGUGGGUGUGGUGGCUGGACUUGGACGCCAUCAUCAUGACGCCGAAUCGAACGAUGCAGGACGUGGUGCUGUCGGAGGCGGCACUGCGGCGGGCGUAUAAGAGCGAUUCGGACUUCGUGCAAUACGGGAAUUGGAGCGCGAUCCCCGGGGCGAGGACGCGCGCGGAGGCGGAUUGGCAGACAAUGGAUUUUUUGAUCAGUCAGGAUCAGAAUGGGUUGAAUGCGGGAAGCUUUUUGAUUCGGAGGAGCGCGUGGAGUAAGAUGUUGUUGGAUAUGUGGGGGGAUCCGUUGUUGAGGGAGCAGGACUGGGUGGGAAAGGAGCAGGAUGCUUUGUUACAUCUUGUUAAGAACCAUGCCGUCAUCCGCAAAAACAUUGGCUUGAUCCAGCAGCGAACGAUCAAUGGCUAUUCCGAGGGCGAUGGGGACAUGGGCUGGCAAGUAGGCGAUAUUGCUGUUCAUUUCGCUGGCUGUUGGGUUGCCGAUGUGUGUGCAGAGCGGUGGGCGCAGUUCUGGGAGAUUAGAGGUCGAGUUGGAUCUGAUGCGUUCUGA